GCGCUGCUCUUCAUUGUGUUUACCUUACUAGCCUUUCAGAUCGUUCAAAGAUGGAUCAAAUAUGUACUAGAAAAUGAUUGAUGUAGUUCUUUCUAAUAUAAUGGACUGGUCGAUGAUUUAGCGGAGUUUUGGUGACUCUGAUUUCUGCAAAAAUGAACAAAGGUUGGUUGGAGUUGGAAAGUGACCCGGGGUUGUUCACACUCUUGGUGGAGGACUUUGGUGUGAAGGGCGUCCAGGUGGAGGAGAUCUAUGAUCUUCAGAGCAAAUGUCAAAGUCCAGUGUAUGGCUUCAUCUUCCUCUUUAAGUGGAUCGAAGAGCGAAGAUCUCGGCGUAAAGUCUCCACGCUGGUGGACGAAACCUCCGUUAUCGAUGACGAUAUUGUUAACGACAUGUUUUUUGCUCACCAAUUGAUACCGAACUCCUGUGCUACUCACGCUCUUCUGAGUGUGCUACUGAACUGCAGCGGCGUGGAGCUGGGAAACACUCUGAGCCGCAUGAAAGCUUUCACCAAGGGCUUCAGUCCUGAGAGUAAAGGUUACGCCAUUGGAAACGCCCCUGAGCUGGCGAAAGCCCACAACAGCCAUGCCAGACCGGAGCCGCGGCACCUGCCGGAGAAACAGAACGGCAUCAGCGCCGUGCGGACGAUGGAGGCGUUUCACUUCGUCAGUUACGUGCCUAUCAAAGACCGGCUGUUUGAAUUGGACGGGCUGAAGGCGUAUCCCAUCGACCACGGGCCAUGGGGUGAAGAGGAAGAGUGGACCGAUAAAGCCAGACGGGUCAUAAUGGAGCGAAUAGGACUGGCCACUGCUGGAGAGCCCUACCAUGACAUCCGCUUCAAUCUCAUGGCGGUGGUUACAGAUCGCAGAAUAAAAUACGAGUCCAGGCUGGACGUCCUGAAACGGAACAGGCAGAUUAUUCUAGAAGGGCUCCAGCAGGUUAGAGAGAAAAAAGUCAUUCGGGUGACCCAACAAGAUUCAGGCCAAGAUCGUAAGCAACAAGACUCCUCCUCUUCAGAAGACACUCCCACUGCUGUUAAAAAGGAGGAAGGGCAAGACACACCAAUAACCAUGGGUACAGAGAAGGCCACACCCACAGAAACUCAAGAAGGUGCUGCGGCUCUACCAAGUCCCUCUGGAAAAGUCAGACCCAUGGCUAAACCCGCCGCCUUGCCAAUAGUGGGCGCUCCGCCACCAGCCCCUCUACCUGUUCCUAGUCCCAACCCCAUCGUCCAGCGUCUGCCACACUUCCUGGACAACCACAACUACGCCAAGUCCCCCAUGCAGGAAGAGGAGGAUCUCGCUGCGGGUGUGGGACGCUCACGCUUACCUGGCCCCCCUCAACCCCCUUAUUCUGACGACGAGGAAGACUAUGAUGAUGAAGAAGAGGAGUGCAGCACUACAGGUGCCACAAGCAGGGUCCGAAGAAAGGUGGGUCUACGCACACGUACCAUGAGCCGCACUGGAGUGAGCGGGGUUGCGGCAAUGGAGGGUCAGCUAGCACUCAGCGUUUUAGCUGAGAAACUCAAGAAGGAGGUCCAGAGGAAGGACGCAACAGGAUCCACACCUCUGAACGUUCGUACCGAGGGUCGCACGGGUGGGAUCAGCAUCACCUCGGCCUGCCAGCCUUCACCCACACCCAGUAACGAAAGCACAGACACGGCCUCUGAAAUCGGCAGUGCGUUCAACUCACCGCUGCGCUCACCCGCGCGAUCGCAAGCGGCAACACGUCCCUCCAGCCCCGUGGCGGCCCACUUGAGUCGCGUGCUGUUCGGAGAAGAGGAGGGGCUGCUCCGGUUAGAUGCCCGACACAAUCGAGCCGUCCGAGACUUGGGGGCGCUGGUGAGCUCCACGCUGCUGCGACUGCAAGAGGAUGGCGUCAUGUUUGCUCUGCCACCUACAGAAACGUUGGAGGGGUUGAAGAAAUCAGGUAGUGUGGAGAAGAAAGAGAAAGAAGAGGCGACCUGUCCAGGAGGAGAGGACGAAGCUAAGGAGGGACCUUCGGUGGAGAUGAAACAGGAGGACGUCAAAGAGUCAGUGGACGUCAAAUCAGACAAGGAGAACCUGCCGUCCACCGACGCCACCACUGAGACCAGCAGCAAACCUUCUGGAGAAAAAUACACUCCUAAAGAGUUACUAGCCUUGUUGAAGUACGUGGAAGCAGACAUCACAAACUACGAAGUGUGUCUGAAAGAAGAAGUGGAGAAAAGGAAAAAGUAUAAGAUCGAUGACCAGAGGAGGACUCAUAACUACGACGAGUUCAUCUGCACCUUCAUAUCAAUGCUGGCACAAGAAGGUAUGUUAGCGAGUCUGGUGGAGCAGAACAUCUCUGUGCGUCGCCGACAGGGCGUAAGCAUCGGCCGGCUCCACAAACAACGCAAACCCGACCGGCGGAAACGCUCACGGCCGUACAAAGCCAAGCGCCAAUAAACGCCAA